AUGUCGGUCACACCCGGUCCCAAAUCUCGCUCAGGCACCCCCACGGUCUUUGAACAGCAACGCGAGGAGCUGGUCCGAGAGAUCGCAGUCGGCAUGGAACAAGUCCUCCAAAACAUCAACCGGCUGAACCGGAAUCUCGAAAGUAUCAUUUCGGUUGGCAAUGAAUUCAGCUCCGUCGAAGCUCUCUGGUCCCAAUUUGAAAACUUCAUGGGCCGCUCCGAAGAGGAGGAUCCAGCUGUUGGGGGCAAGGCCAAGGAAAGUCCUCAGGCGGACGAUGCCGGCGAUCAGCACGAGCAUGAAUUAUAA